GGGUCCGGGGUCCUGUUGCACCAUGCGCGUUCGGGGAGGCGGUUCUCGAGACGAGAGAACUCUUUUUCGUAUCCCCCUUUUUGUUCCACAUCUCGGGGGCAUAUACCCACCGUUCAAAACCCCGAAACGUUCUCAGGCUGCUGCCCCCCUUCACCCCCCACCAUUAUUACUACUAAGCGCGAGGGGGUUCCGUCUAAGCCCUCCUCUUCCCCUUCUCUUCCUUCAAGACACCAUUCCGAAAAUGCGCUUUGCUCGACCUCGACCUCAGACACCGACUCAACCAGAAACGUGAAGACAUGGCCAACAUGGCGACUAUGUAUGUGCCCGUCAUGAAAGACGUGCCCCCGUGCAGGAUGUUCCUCCUUUGUCUUCGGCGCAUACAUGGUGCUGCUGAGGCUGCCGACAUCCCCAACAUCGCCCUCCCUCCCUGCCUGCUCGUCACCUCCAGCAACAUUUUUAGUCGCCUGAUGUUAAUUAUGCCUUGUCGAGCACAUUUGAUACACAACUCCAUGAAUUUUAUGCACAAUCGUGCUUUUUUUGUACGACCUGGAAUAACUGGAUGAUGGCGAGCUGAAUCCCUCGACUCCUUCUUAUUCGGCACAAGUGAGAAUGUCGUUCUCCCAGCUACACUCAAGUCGUUGUGAUCUGUAAACUUGCUUCAUACGCCUCCAUGUCUCCACUUUCC